AACAUCCCCUUCCUGUCGUCUUAUGCAACACAUUUUACAUGGAACUCUUGUAUUCCCAUGCUGGAAGAGUAUGUACAAGACCGGUUCAACAAAUUCUUGCUCUCUUUCAGCUGCAGUACAACACAAUUGUGUAGCAGCUUGGCAAUGGAGGAAACCGAGUCAACUAUGGUAGAGAAACCAACAGGAGAAAGUGAGAAUCAGAAGUUAGAUGAGACCCUGCUGUUGUCCAGCAAACCUCUGCACCGUUUUGUCCAAAAACAACCCAGAAGCUUUGGGAUUGUGAUUCUGAUGUUUGGUUGUGCUGAGAUUGUGAUGGGAUGUGCAAUGGCUGGUACUACCAUGGAAACCUCAUUCAAAAUGUAUAUUCCCUUCUGGCAAGGAACUCUGUUCAUUACAUGUGGAGCCCUAUCUAUCUACACUGAGUUACAUCCAUCCAAGAAGAUGGUGACCGUAUCCCUGGCCAUGUAUGUGGUCUCUCUGUUGGGCAUUAUUAUCACCAUUGUACGAAGGAUAAGCUUAAUCGGUUUCUACACGUGGCAUCUUCGGAUUUACUUCCACAGUGCUAUGCUAUUUCUUUGGGUGGAAGGAAUCUUGUUUGCAUCUUCCCUGCUUGUAUCAGCAUUUCUUAUCUUCUUGAGCGCCAUCGCAGGUUAUGCAUUAAGAUCUACGAGAAAGCAGAUUACUGUCCAGCGCUUUGUGAUUGAUCCUCAGAGUGAAGAAAACACAAACUAGGACCAAUGUUCUUCAGUCCUAUUCUGCACUUACAUAACACUGUUUUGUUCACUUCAGGUGUUUUUAUCAAUUAUGUCAUAUACUGUAUAUGUUUAACAUGUAUUUCAAACUGCUAGACAACAUGAGAUAAAUAUCUUAUUUUAAUUGUUGAAGAGGUCACGUGGCGCAGAUCAGUUUUCAAAUAAAAAGCAACCAGCUCCUUCCUCCUCAUAUAGCGAGACGUAACAGUAUUUAUACCCCUUAAACAUUUCCGUAAUAAGUCACACUAAAAAUUCAACAUGACAUGUAUUGAAUUGUUUUUUUUAAAUUAACAUAAACAAAAUAACACAUUUAGAAUUACAUUUAGAGCCAGGGUUGUGUACCCAUUCUUCAUGUAAAAAGACUUCAUCUCAAUCUAUGAAGUAUGUGAAUUUACUGACUGACAUAGAUUGGCAAGUUUUACCACAGAUUCUUAGUUGGAUUAGGUCGGAACAUUUGGCCGUUCUUGCACAUAAAUAUCCUUUGGUAAAAUCCGUCCUAUUGUAGCCAUAGCUGUGUGUUUGGUGUGGGUGUUCGAAGGGAAGGUGGAUCUCCACCCAAGACUCCAAGAAGGCUUCGUAUUUAAUUCUAUCAAUAUUACAAUCAACUUUGAUCAUCUUCCUUGACUACUAGCUGUCUUUUGAACUUGAGCUGUAGAUAUCUGAAUCUCCUUCACAGUUACCAUGGAGCUCCUGGUUGUUUCACUGAGGAGUGCUCUCCUUUCCCAGCCUGUCAGUUUAGAUGGACAGCCAUAUUUUGGUUGCUGUCUGUCCAUUUUCAGGGAUAUUGUUUCACAGAAAAAACUGUAUUUGUGCUGAGUUUAAAUUACAUAAAGAUGGACUCGUUAAAAAUUAGGUAAUUUUUGAAAAAAGCUAGUUCUUUUGGAUUUUACUGAAGGUUUGAAAGCCACGUAUCAUGUUUCUUCCACAUUAUAAUUAUGCAUAGCAUUGUGUUAUGUUGAUAUAUAACAAAUAAUACAAAAUAAACAGAGGCUUAUGGUUGUAACAUGGCAAAAACCUCAGAAGGUUCAAGGGGUAUAAAUACUCUUAGAAGAGGCUCUAUCCAGUUAAUCUCAGAUGAGAAAGAUUUUUACAACACCUGCACCAAGUUAGAAAAACGAAACUUUUUCAUUGUAUUUAAAUUUAACCUGAAAAAUUACCACUAACAUCACAUCAGUAAUAUUAGACUAACAAUGUAUUUUUUAUUGAAUAUUAUUAAUUAAGUGUUUAUUUACUGCUGUUAACCACUUGCUUUAGUUUUUAAUCAUGUAAAAAUGUUUUAACAGCUUUCAUGGUGACCAACUUCACAUUUUUAAUCAGAUUACUUUAUUUUUGUAAUAAAUGUGAAUUAACUUUAUUGCAUUAACUGAUUUUAAAAAAAAUUUGCUUAAAUAAAUUUGGCUUACAAGUACGCAGAUGUAUAAAAAAAAAAAAAUAUGCAUCAGCAUGUCUUUGCAUCAUUUCUGUAUCUGUAUUGUGCAAUGUAAAUUUACAGUAGAUGCCCUAACACUCGUUAUACCUUCGGAAAUAAAAGAGAUAUAAUAGUAUCUAA